AUGUCUCAAUACUUUCACCACAACCCCCCGGUAAGAGUUGCGUCCAGCUCACUGUUUGGUACUGCGUCAGAGGCACUGUACGCAAGAUUCAAGAAAAUUAAGAGGAAGGAUGUUGAGUGCCAGGCAUUCUUCAGGAAGGUCUUAAAGAACCCUUUGUUCCAGCUUCUCAUGAUCAGCACCAUCACCUCCAAUGCCUUUUUUAUGGUCUUGGGGACUGAUUACAACAUAAGGUACAAACUGUUCCGACUCUUUGAGAUCUCAGAGAUUCUCUUUGUCUCCAUCUAUGCCUGCGAGUUCUUCAUGAAGGUCUAUGUGGAGCCCAUUAAAUACUGGAGGGAUGGCUAUAACCUACUGGAUGUGGUCAUUAUCCUUAUUAUCUUGAUACGGUAUUCCCUCCGAAAGAUCAAGGGAAGACAUUACAGAUACCUUCACAUUGCUGAUGGUAUACAGUCUCUGAGAAUCCUCAAGCUUAUCUCCUACAGCAGAGGCAUUAGGACUCUCAUCACUGCUGUGGGGCAGACGGUCUACACGGUAGCCUCUGUGCUGACGCUCCUCUUCGUCCUCAUGUUCAUCUUUGCCAUCCUGGGGUUCUGCCUAUUUGGAACUCCAGAGAAGGGCGACCUGGAUAACUGGGGGAACCUGGCUUCAGCUUUCUUCACUCUCUUCAGUCUGGCUACGGUCGAUGGCUGGACGAACCUGCAGGAGCAGCUGGACAAGCGGAAGUUUACUGUGAGCCGGGCGUUCACCAUCAUCUUCAUCCUGCUUGCUUCCUUCAUCUUCCUCAACAUGUUUGUGGGUGUGAUGAUCAUGCACACAGAGGACUCCAUCAAAAAGUUUCAGCGGGAGCUGAUGGCGGAGAGGCACGUGACGCUUAUGGAGGAGAAGCAGAUGAUUCUGAGGAACCAGCAAGAGGCAGUCAACAGGCUGAUGAACACACAGAGUGGAGGAGGCAAGAACUUCACUGAGCUGGUGGAGGAAUUCAAGAAGACCCUACGGCACACGGACCCCAUGGUCCUGGAUGAUUUUGGCAGUAGCCUUCCCUUCAUCGAUGUCUACUUCUCCACCCUGGACAACCAGGACAUUGUUGUCCAGAAGCUUCAGGAACUGUACUAUGAGAUUGUGAAUGUGCUGUGUCUGAUGCUUGAAGACUUGCCCAAGAAGAUGUCAUCCCAUAGCUCCGAAUUCAUGAAUUAG